AUGCCGUGUGUCAGUUCUCAUCUCGACCAGAUGGUGAUGAUGCCUUGCAGCUACAAGUCUGUGAUUGAGACAAUUCUCAUGGUAGAGCAGAUCCUGUCAGAGUUCAUACUGAAUAAAGAAGAGCUAAAAGAAGUCAUGAAGAGGAUGCAGCGUGAGAUGGACAGAGGACUGCGUAUAGAGACUCAUGAAGAGGCCAGUGUUAAAAUGCUUCCAACUUAUGUCUGCUCCACCCCUGAGGGAUCAGAGGUGGGAGACUUCCUGGCACUGGACCUGGGUGGGACAAACUUCCGUGUGAUGCUGGUGAAAGUGGGCGCAGAUGAGGAGAGGAGCUGGAAGGUGGAAACAAAGACCCAAAUGUACUCCAUUCCUGAAGAUGCUAUGACAGGGACAGCUGAAAUGCUCUUUGACUACAUAGCGGAGUGUAUGUCCGACUUUUUGGACAAACAUCAUAUCAAGCAUAUGAAGCUUCCUCUGGGCUUUACAUUCUCCUUUCCUGUACGACACGAGGACAUUGACAAGGGAAUCCUGCUUAACUGGACCAAAGGAUUCAAAGCUUCUGGGGCAGAAGGGAACAAUGUUGUGGGUUUACUCAGAGACGCUAUCAAGAGGCGAGGGGACUUUGAGAUGGAUGUGGUUGCCAUGGUGAAUGACACAGUAGCCACCAUGAUUUCCUGCUAUUAUGAAGAUCGCAGCUGUGAAGUUGGGAUGAUCGUUGGAACUGGUUGCAAUGCAUGUUACAUGGAGGAGAUGAGGAAGGUAGAGUUGGUGGAAGGGGAGGAAGGCCGGAUGUGUGUAAACACAGAGUGGGGAGCUUUUGGUGACAGCGGGGAGCUGGAGGAUUUCAGACUGGAGUAUGACAGAGUGGUGGACGAGAGCUCAAUUAAUCCCGGACAGCAGCUAUAUGAGAAGCUGAUCAGUGGGAAGUACAUGGGUGAGCUGGUCCGGCUUGUUAUGAUGAAGUUGGUAAAUGAAGGCCUGCUGUUUAAUGGUGAAGCCUCAGAGCUGCUGAAGACACGUGGCAGCUUUGAGACACGCUAUGUCUCACAGGUGGAGAGCGACACUGGGGACAGAAAACAAAUCUACAAUAUCCUGUCCUUGAUGGGUGUUCUGCCUUCAGAGUUAGACUGCGAUAUUGUACGUCUGGUCUGCGAGAGUGUUUCCACUCGCUCUGCUCACAUGUGCGGCGCAGGGCUCGCUGGUGUGAUCAACCAAAUGCGGGAGCGUCGCGGCCAGGAAACCCUAAAGAUCACAGUGGGCAUUGACGGCUCAGUCUACAAACUGCACCCAUGGUUCUGUGACAGGUUCCAUAAAAUAGUCAGGGACCUCACACCUCACUGUGAGAUCACUUUCAUCCAGUCGGAGGAGGGAAGCGGCCGUGGAGCAGCCCUUAUCUCAGCAGUGGCCUAUAAGAUGGCCGUAUGCAUCUGAUCUGACACAGUAAAUGGAGCAGUGCGCUGAGCUGUCUCCCUGCAGAACAGAUGCAAAGCAUGCCUGACCUCUGAUCUCAGAAUAAUGAAGACAUGCCAACCACAGACCUGCAGCUCUGGCUUUUUCCAGACUCCGAGGGAUGUUUGUCAGCAAACUGAAUAUGCACAGCUGGAAAACAUACAGACAAGAAAAUAGCAAGCUAUUUAUAUUACAGACUGUGUUUGGUAAUACUGGACCAACUUGUGGGAAUUUCAAAGUUUCUGUGUGCUCUGAACUCUGAAAGAACUGUUGCACCCAGCAUCAGGCGGCAUGAAAACCUAUUUAAAAUACAUGCUCCUUUUGUGUCACUGCUUGUUGCUAAUGUUUGGUAUGGUCCAUGUACAGUAGAAAAAUGGCUGAUGUAUUAUUGAUAAUAGUAUAUUAUAAUGUUAAUGCUAACUGGUUGGUGCACAAUACAAGAAUUAUUAUCUUUAUAAAUGUUGCUGUAAACUAUAAAUGCUUAAAAUGUUUUGCU